AUGGCUACGGCUCAGAUACAAUCUCUACUGCGGUUCCUGUCGCAAGAUGCCAAAGUCCCAUUGGCGUCUGCCAUGGCCAAGGUCAUGGAUCUCCAAAAAGCCAACCUGACAUCUGUCGAGCAAGUAUCAAAAGCAGAGCUUAAGGCUCUCCAGGAGAUAUUUGGAGAUGUUAAACUUGCGAAGCAGGUGCUGAACGCAGGAAAGAGGGUUUCCAAGAAACGACAGGCGCCAACUGGUAAUGCAGAAUCACCACGCAAGAAAACCAAGGGUCCAGCUCUCCGUGAGACUCUAUCUCCAUUUGAGGUGGAAUGUGGAUUAGCUCUGCCCACUUCGUCUGCGUCCGAUGAUGAACUGUCGCAGGUUGCUGUGCUUACUAACCGAGCACCUCUUGUGCUUGCUUUCGCAGUUUGUGCCUUGAAGUACACAAUGCCGGAGCAGCCGAUCUCAAGCAGGCUCAGCCUAGCUCAAGCUGUGGUCAGUGCCAACAGCCGUUCCCAGGCUAUUAGCUUGGGGAUCGAAAGUGGGAAAAAUGCCGAGCAAGAGGGAUGGGGUGAGGGUCAGCCGGUGAUCAAGGUGUUAGGACGCGAAAUAAAGGUGUUGAAGCGGUGGGAUUACGACCCUAGAGAAGGCAAGCCCACAGAAGAACUCGGUCCAGAGAAUGGCGGGGAGGCUGCACCAAGCUUGAAUGAUGUGAUUGGUAUGAGAGGCUCAGAUACCUUGGGCUCUUCACCUCCCCUUUGGGGCAUAGACCUCGAAGCCAUGCGCACUUCCCAGAGCAAUGUCUCGAGAGGUGCAGCCAAAACUGAUAGCAAUCUCCCGAUUUUUACGCCAAACUCAGCACGAUCAUAUCUGUUCAAAUCGUUCACGGCAGCAACUACCGAAGGUGACAAGAUCCCGGGCACAGGGAAACGGAAGACUGUGGCGCAAGUCGAGGGUGAAAAGGAGGCUUGUCUGGGGCACUUGCUACGAGCUAUUGACAGUGUCUGUCAAUCUUGGGCCAGCACUCUCAGCAGGGAGGAGCUGGACAGACGUGCAUGGGCCUGGUAUCUUCGCGUACGACCAGAUGUUCAGAGUGGUCCAGGAGGGUGGGGGGAAAAGGGGCAUGUGAGACUGUCUGACAUUCUGGAGCUUCGAAGAGAACCUUGA